AUGGCCAAUUACCCACCCUUGGUAUCGCCGGGACCAGAGGUCGAAUACGUACCACCUCGAAAUAUUCUUGCAUCCCUACCAGACCCUCGAAGCGAAAAUCCUCCUGGUGAACAGCAAGAUGUAGAAAUACCCGGACCGGUCAUGCGAGCCGCGAAAAUCCAGGAUAUCAAGAUCCUGAAGGGCCUAGUGCACUACGGCUUCCCACCAACAAAUUACAUCGUCGGCCCGCUGAAUUGUCCAUGGGAGUCAUCUGUUACGAAUGCCCUUAUGUCAGGGCCUAAUUUUGAUUCCCAUUUGAAGUUCCUCAUUGAAUCUGGUGCGACCCCAGACGGGUUCCCGCAUAUCUGCUUUCGGGUUGCUAGCACUCGAUUCCUCCGCGGUCGGGCGGCCCAAGAUACCUGGACCGCUGGCUGCUAUCUUCGAGAUAGACCCCAGGCCAUGUCGAAUAUCUGGCCUGUUCAGCUUCGUACGGAUCAGGCGGUACCCCUUUUGGAGGGUGAGCUGGAAGUCCGUCAUAAGUCUCGGUGUAGGUUUUGGGCCGAGUCUAGCUUUCCACGGAUCGAUUGGCCGACGAACAACCCUCCACAUCCACUAUCUGUCGCGAUCGAAGCUGGAAAUAUGGAAAUAUAUAAGUAUCUGGUUGAUCACGGUUCGGACGAGAGCGCCUGGGUUGAUACGCAGAAGUAUGUUUCGGUAGCUGAUGACCUGCCGACAUCCUACUUUGUAGUGCAGUCGCCUCUGCUCACCAGCAUCAAGAAUGAAGAUAUAAGUGCCGUGCGAUUUCUUCUGGAUCGGGGACAUAGACCUGACACCUUCCCUAUGGUUUUGGUGACACGAUGCAUGAAUUCAGUAAUGGCCACACUUGCCAAGCGCAAUCCUUGGCUUGAAGGGUUUGACUUGCUAGCUCCUCAUGCGGACCUCUCACUCUUGACGCCCAUCUUCCAGUGCCAUCUGCUGCACUUUGCUGUGGCGACCUUGGACUUGUCCCUUAUUCGGCAUGUCAUCGACACAAUGGGAGGUCCCGCGGCUGCCCAGGCAGUCUCCCCUACUGCGCUCGGCCACACGUUGCUCCAUAUCGCCAGCUUGCCUAUUGACGACUCUGUUGUGAAUAUGCAUUCACAAAAGAUUUACUCAUCCAUCCACGAGUUCCGUACUACCGACGAGAAAUGGGUACCACAACGUCUUCUAUCAACACCUCCGCCGGAACCGCGUGAAAGGGGCAGAGGCGGACGUACGCAAUUCCCAGGACGGAGAGGCGGUAGUGCGUUCCUUCGAUAUCAUCAGUCACCGCGAUUUUCGGACCUGUCUCAGGCAGAGAGUGAGGCUCAAGCUUCUGUUCUGCUCUACUUGUUACGCAGUGGCUCGGUGCCUCGGAAUCAGCUUGAGAGGCAAGACAUUCAUGGCAACACUUUCUUACACUAUCUGGUGUCCGUUCGCAAUCCGGACUACAAGUUGAUUGAGAAGUUGCAGGACUUCUCGGAGCAGAGUGCUGGUGUUUGGGGCAUUAGAAAUGUAUAUGGUCUUUCUGCUGAAGACUUGGAUUCCGAGAACAGGGCAGCCAAGGCGCACUAUAGUGAGCUUGACCAUGCGUCUUUCUGGGAUGAUAACAACAACUCAAACCGAUGGUGA